ACUUUCAUUUUGAUGCGUCAAACAAUAUAUUGUCACAUGAAGUCGUACACCAGUUAAUUAAGUAGUGAAUUUGUUUUUGGACGGAAGUUAUUCGAAAGAAAAGAAAUGACUAAAAUAAUUUGUGACUAAGUAUCAGAUUGGUGUAACUGUGUUUUAUUUAGACAAAUAAAAUGGAUCUGCGAAAAGUGAAAAAUGAAGACAAGCUGGAGUUGUGUCGAAAAUAUUACUUAGGAGGUUUUGCUGUGCUGCCAUUCCUGUGGUUUAUCAACUCGAUCUGGUUCUUCAACGAGGCGUUCCGAAAACCGGCGUUUGAGCAACAGCAGCAGAUGAAGACUUAUGUGAUCCGGUCGAUGAUACUAACGACCAUAUCAACAGUUGUCAUCGUGGCAUGGAUCGUCGUGUUUCAACUCAACCGAGUCAGCUGGGGGGCGACGGCCGACUACAUGUCGUUUGUCCUCCCAAGAGGAUACGCAUGAAUUACCAUCGAUCAUCCAUCUUAUUUCUGAUUCCAUUCACUCAUAGGCAUACAUUAACAAUGUUUUCGGAGCAAUUAUAGAAUCUGUCCUGCCACGUAAACAGGGGACGUGAUUGCACAAAAUGUGUGCAGGGUGUGCACGUGCAUACAUACAUGCAUGUGCACACACACACACACACACACACACACACAUGUAUAUCAGGGUUUAAGCUGUCCAUCGCCAAAUGUGAAUUAAAAUUUAAUUUGACAAAUAUAUUUCAUUACUAAUUCACAAAAAAAUAUCUAUUCGAAAAAAAUUGUUUUCUGUUAAUAGAUAUACGACCAUUUUUGCUGUUUGGCUAAAUUAAAGUUUAAUUUGGCGACCGAUUUCUUAGCAAAUUCACCAUAUGGGGUCAUUAUCACUAAAACAGUUUGAAUGUGACCUAGAUGUAAAUAAGAUUACGGAAAAUAAAAUCCAUGAAUGAUGCAUCAUGGGGAAAAAACAUAAGUUGGUGAUCUAUUCUAAACAAGAAAGCACAUACCACGGCCUUUGACCAGUUGUAGUCCUUAACCAUAUGUCUGACGCCAUAUAACCAUAAAUAAAAUGUGUUGAGUGUGUCGUUAAAUAAAAUAUUUCCUUCCUUGACCAGUUGUGGUGCCUGGUUGGAAUGAAAGAAAACCCAAUCAGUUGAAUGGAUCCACUGAGGUGCUUCAAUCCUGCGACACAAACACACCAGGCAAGCACUCGAUCGACUUAGCUAAAUCCCACCCCAAAGAUUACAAAUUUAAACAAUUGUUUAUUUUGUUUGGUAGGCCAACAUCGUUUUAAUUGAGUUACUUCAAACUUUAAUACAUAUGUAAUUAUGUGUAUUUUUCUGUUUUUGUUCUCUUGGUGUUUUGGGGUUGAUUGCUGUAUAUAUAAUAUAUACUUGGUGUAUGUUGUUUAUUCUAGUACUUUAAAAUAUCUUAGGUAUCCUCAUUUAAGUUGCCCCCCCCCCCCCCC